GACUUCCAGGACCACAAGCUCUUUAGCUCCCACCAUGCCCUCUCCACCUAAAAGAUCCUCGAAGCCCAGCAUGCCUCUGGCAUCCACUGGACCCUCCAUGCCCCCUGUGGCUCCCACAUCUCCUCCAUCCUUGAAGACCACCAAAUCAUCAACGCCUAACAGGUCGUCAGUACCUACCAAGACAUCAACAUCCCCUACCUCAGUCAUGAGCCCAAGCAGUUCCAAGUCCAUCAAAUCACCAAGUACUAAAAGAGCCCUUUCUAGCCAUCACAGCAAUAGGUCCCGAAUCCACAGCAAGGUGAGGACACCCAGCAGGGUGAGCACCGACACCAGGGCGAGUACUGACACCAGGGCCAGCAAAGCCAACAAGGCCAGUAGUAUGAGACGCCACCGACGGAGAGGUACACGUAGCCGGGGCAGAACACCCGGUAGAAGGGGAAACCAAAGUUCCAAGAGGUCACCCAGCAGAGCCAGCACUCCCAGUGGGAUAAGAACUCCUGGUGCCAGACCAGGCAUUGCCAGCAGGGUGAGAACUCCUACUUCCCAGCAAAAACUGGCACGGGAGAAGAGUUAUAGCCGUUCUAGAACCAUCAACAGGGAAAGGAGUGACAGCCUGCCUAGAAAUCUGCGCAGAGAGAAGAGUGACAGCCCACCAGGAGCCUCAGGUAUGGAGAGGAGUUCCAGACUGGCUGUAAUCCCCAGUAGGGCAAAAAGUUACAGCCCAACUACAAUUUCCUCUAAAGCAAAGCAGUACAGCCAGUCUCCAUCAUCAUCAAGGAGGGUGAAGAGUUACAGUGAGGUUAGCACCCCACACAGGACCCGAAGUCACAGCUCUUCUAGCACCCCCAGUAGGACCCGAAGUCACAGUAGGUCUAGCACCCCCAGCAGGACCCGAAGUCACAGCCAGUUUAGAACCCCUAGAAGGGCAAGAAGUCCCAGUCGGAAGAGGACCCACAGCAGGGUGAGAAGUUACAGUUGGAAAAGAAAUCAUGUUAGGGCAAGAAGUCACAUCCUAAAGGGAACUCCUAGUGAGAUGAGAAGACACAGCCAUGCUGGAACUUGCAACAAGGGGAAAAGUCAAAGCCAAUCUAGAAUCCCCAGAAGGGAAAGAAGUCACAACUGGUCUAGAACCCCAAGUGAGGAAAGAUGUCACAGCCUGUAUAGAAGUCUCAAUAAGGACAGAGAUCACAGUCUGUCUAGAUCUAGAACCUCCAGCAAGCAGAGGGACUACAGCCAUUCUAGAACUCCCAGUAAGGAGAGGGACUACAGCCGUUCUAGAACUCCCAGCAAGGAGAGGAACUACAGCUAUUCUAGAACUCCCAGCAAGGAGAGGAACUACAGCUAUUCUAGAACUCCCAGCAAGGAGAGGGACUAUAGCCGAUCUAGAACCCCCAGCAAGGAGAGGGACUAUAGCAGAUCUAGAAGCCCCAGCAAGGAGAGAGCACACAGUAGAUGUAGAACCCCCAGCAAGGAGCGAUAUUAUAGCCAAGCUAGAAACUCCAGCAAGAAGAGAGUGUGUGGUCGAUCUAGAACCCCCAGAAAGGAGAAAACUCACAGUCCAUCUAGAACCCCCAGCAAGGAGAUAUGCCAUAGUCGAUCUAGAACCUUUAGUAAGAAGAGGGCUUGUGGUCGCUCUAGAACCCCCAGUAAGGAGAAGACUCAUAACCAAUCUAGAACACCCAGCAAAGUGAGAGAUCCCAGUCAACCUAGAAUCCACAGAAGUUCCAGUGGGAAGGAAUCCCCUAGCAGGACAAAGAGUCCCAGUCCGAAGAAAACCUCUAGCAAGACAAGGAGCCCUUCCCCAUCUCAAUCUAGAAUCCACAGCAGUUCCAGUGGGAAGGAAUCCUCUAGUAGGACAAGGAGUCCCAGUCCGAAGAAAAUCUCUAGCAAGACUAGGAGCCCUUCCUCAUCUCAACCUAGAAUCCACAGCAGUUCCAGUGGGAAGGAAAGGAGCCCCAGUCCGAAGAAAACCUCUAGCAAGACAAGGAGCCCCUCCCCAUCUCAACCUAGAAUCCACAGAAGUUCCAGUGGGAAGGAAUCCCCUAGCAAGACAAGGAGCCCCUCCCCAUCAACACUUCCCAGUGGAGGCCAAACCCCAAACCAGGAUUACAGUCAAGCCAACACCACAGCCUCUAAGGCUAUCUCACCUGGAGAGAGGUCUUCAUCGUCUUCUUCCAAGCUGGCAUAG